ACCACGUCAAGUCACACUAAAUGUUAAAGAGCAUUGCAAGGCAAAUACGGCACAAGCUGAAGCGUAAUAGCCAAACAGAUUUCGAAAAAAAAAGGUCGGGUAUGCAGCGAUUUGAUCAGAUUAAGUAGGCAGACUUGAUUUACAAAUUUGCGCAAUUUUACUGACCAUUUUCUGGAUGCAAAUAUUUGUUCGAAUUUCGAAUUUUAAUUUCACUUUAAUAUAAAAGUAUUGCUGGCUGCAAAGCAAUACUAAAUGAGAACGUGCUCUGAGUCAUCUCAGGUUCCAGUUGCCCUCAUUGAGUUGAAAACCUUCACACUUAUGACCAUGGACAAGUCUAAGAACUUUCGCAUCGAUGCCCUGUUGGGAGCGGAAUCACGGCCGUUCAGCCACACGGGCUCACCGACCCACUGCGGGGACAGCAUGGAGGGCAGAGUAGUGGCAUGCAGACAGACAGAAACAUCUCCCCGCGGGACAACCGGAAUCAUCCCAAUCCAAACCGGAAUUAUCCCCAAACCGGGCCUUUUGAACAUCUCCACCCCGGGAAUUACUUCACUGUCCCAAACUACCAUACCAGGGAUGUACCCGGCACCCAUGUACUCCCUCGCCGCUCUUGGGGCUCAGCAUCCAGCGUUCUCCUACUCGGGCUUCCCGCAUAUGCCAUACCCUGAGGCGCACUUGAAGGCGGCCGCUAUGGCUGGUGGGUUUCCGCUGGAGCACUGGAUCCGGGCGGGGAUGAUGAUGCCACGUCUCGCAGACUACAGUGCUCCGCAGGCAGGCCUGAUGGGGAAGUGUCGGCGGCCCAGGACGGCCUUCACCAGCCAGCAGCUGCUGGAGCUGGAGAACCAGUUCAAGCUGAACAAGUACCUGUCUCGGCCCAAGCGCUUCGAGGUGGCCACCUCUCUCAUGCUCACGGAGACACAGGUGAAGAUUUGGUUCCAGAACCGCCGUAUGAAGUGGAAGCGAAGCCGCAAGGCCAAGGAGCAGUCCGGCCAGCAGGGGUCAGAGGUCAGGCUCCUGGGGUCCAAGCGGUCCGGUAAGCCUGGCGGCGCCGGCGACACCCGUCGCUCCAGCGCCCACGACGACGACGAGGACCUGGAGUGCGAGGAAGAGGAGGAGGAGGAGGAAGAUGAGGCCGAGGAGGAGGAGACGGGGUUCCGGGCCUCCGUGGGGGCAAUAGGAGGGGCUGGGGGCAUGCGGGGGGUGGCGGCGGCCCGUCAGGUGGACUUCUCGCAGCACUCGUCGGAGCUCAGCUACAGCUCCCACGGCUCCUACUCCGAGGACGAGCUGGACGAGCUGAGUGUGGACAGGAGGACCGGCGUGGCGUUAUGAGGAAGUGACAUCGAGGCCGUCCCGUUAACCAUGCUUGUUGCAUCCUUGAAAUGCACCUUUAGGUAUCCACUGUUUGUGACGUGAUUGAAGGGCACGGAGCAUGGUGCUCAAAUCCGCUUUCCUUCUUUGACCCCACUCUUCCCUCUUUAUACCCCUGUUGCCCACUCUAAUACUUCACAAAAGUGGUACUUUGAGGUGCACUGUCAGAAGUGCAAGUGCACAAGUGCUCAAGUGUGCAUCAGCGGGAUGCGGCCCUCUUCAGCUUCCUCUGGCUGAAUUACAUUCCUGACUCUGGGGGACUGACCACUGAAACCUCCCCAUGCACUCAGUAUGUACAGGCCACUUCUACAGUGGUUUGGACUGAAGAAAAAAGAAGAAAAAGCAAGACUGUUACCUGCUAUGAGUUCAGGAGGAGGGGACCAUUAUUAAAGAAGCUCAACUUCUCUUUUUCCCCUGUUAUUACCCAACCCAACAUUAUGGGAUUUUGAUAUGACAGACUACAUCUUCACUGAGUAAAAUCCCAAAGUCAUCCCCAAGUCCACCCGUUCACAACAACAACAAUAAUAAGGUCCUUUUUUGUAUUUAAAUAAUCUUUUGGAAAUUAUAAACUGUGCCAAUGCACAUACCAAAUAGCAGUGAUAUUGCAAUGUAAUGCCAAAUAGCAGACAUUCUUAGUACCAUUCACAAGUGUAAUUCAGUUAGGCUACAAUUGAAUGAUUCUGGCCUGGUUCCAUGUAUAGGCCUACAUAUCACUAUUAGAGGACUGAUCUGAACAAAAGAGCCAUGCUUGUAGAUCUCUGUCUGUCUUCUGUCUGUCUGUCUGUCUGAGAAAAGCAAGUCACUUAAAAUGAGUUUACUUUAAGCACUGUACAAAUGGGAUUUCUUUACUUACUCAUUUGUCAUGUUAGUGGUGUCAUUGUUUAAUGUUAUUUAAAUUGUUUAAAUUAUAUUUAAUUUAUUGGCUUUUAAAUAAAUUAUAGUAAUUAUUACUAGUCACUGUCUAUAGCCUAUAAAAAAUAAAAAAACAUAGCAAUGAAAAUACAUUAGCCAAAUAAAUGCUGCAUUUUCUUAAAUGACAAAUAAAAACAGUGUGGCUUGGGCAAUAUUUUUGAAGU